AGCUUUCCAAACUGGUUUCUUGCCCACUUCGGAUCUAUUUCGCAUGAAGAUGGGCUGGAAGAAACUCUAAACAGCAGACAAGCUUAAAAGUAAGACAAAGUCUCAAAUUCCAGUUCAUCAAAGUGACUCAUUACAAAUCGGAACGUUCUUUUGCCACGAGAUACCUGCUUCCAGGAUAUCGGAAGUCAAGUGACACAUAUAGUCUGGCUGCUCGCUUGCCCGGCAAUUCGUACAUUCCUAGGUGGGGAGGUAUCCUCUACAGGUGAACAUCACGUGUACGAGAUUGCAGAUGAAACGGUCAUUGUGCAUUAUCGGGAGCGAUUUCUCUGUGUUUCUUGUUGUGUAUCUUUCGAGGGGUGUAGCUCAAACUUCGAAAAUGGAAUGUGUGCACGACAUUUGGAAGGGAGGGGUAUGAGCAUUGGAUUUAGAUCACUUGAACCCUCAAAAGGAUUUGCUUGGAUGUGAAUGUACCGGUGAUGUUAUAUUUUGAGGUUAUGAUCUCGCGAAAUUCGUUGUGGUUAUGUCUAUUGCACUGGAUGUGCUCUGAAGAUCAAGAAAGAAACCCGUUGAAUACAAUAUGACAUUGUUUUUGUGUAAAGAAGCUGCACUAGAUGGACGAUAAGCUCUUAUCACUCAUACCUAGUGUCCGAUAAGAACUAUCGUAGCCGCACACAAGCGCAUAUCGCGUCUAAAUUUCCUCAAUUUGCACACAAGCUGUCGCAAGCUGUUGGACAACCAUUCCAAAACAAUCCUAUCAUUCAGCCAUUAUGACGAGUCUCAAACGAUCUAUGGGAUCGGAUCCCUACUCCUCCAAUAUAUCGAGUAAAGUCUAUGUACGAUCUACCAAAAGUGGCAAAGUUCAGAAGAUUGUUCGUGAAUUAUAUCUUCGACAAGACAUUCCCUGCUCAUCCAAACUUUGCGACAGCUGCCUCAAGACUGCGCCACCAGAUGCGAGUGGUGUUGUACCACCAUUCGUUCUAUCGGAAACCCCUGCGGGAACAGCAGCAUACCCUCAGGGACAUUACCUGGUACCCGAUACCAAUGCGUUACUGAACGCCCUCGAUCUUUUUGAACAGGCAUCGGCCUUCUACGAUGUCAUCAUCUUACAGACUGUCCUUGAAGAAUUACGAAAUAGAUCACUGCCGCUUUACAAUCGGUUGAUUGGGCUUACAAAGAGCGAGGAUAAACGAUUUCACGUUUUCUUUAAUGAUUUUCGUCUGGAGACUUAUGUGGUUCGGGAGACUGGAGAAAGUAUAAAUGAUAGAAAUGAUAGAGCGGUUCGACGCGCGGUCAAAUGGUACGAUGAACAUAUUACACAAGCAGUAAAAGCUUCGGGAGGACGUUCGAAAAAGAUACCUGCUGUUGUAAUGCUCAGUGAUGAUAAGGAGAAUCUCAGAAAAGCAAAGCGUGAUGGUAUUCAAGCAUGCUCCCUUCGGGAAUAUGUUAGUGGAUUGGAGGAUGCAGAUCGAUUACUGGAUAUGAUCAGUGCAGCACAAGAAGACAAAGAAGCCCGAGAUGCUAGAACUUCUGGAAACCUAUACCAGGAAUAUUAUUCAGUAUCGAAAAUGAUGACUGGUGUUAAGAACGGCACGUUACAUCAGGGUAUUUUUAAUGUUUCGCCAUACAACUAUUUGGAGGGGUCUGUGAAUGUCCCCGCUUUCGACAAAUCAUUACUUGUUCUUGGCAGAGAGAAUAUAAAUAGAUCUGUUCAGGGUGAUGUUGUUGUUAUCGAAGUAUUACCAAAAGACCAAUGGAAAGAGCCUUCUACAAAAAUUAUCGAGGAAGAAACCUUAAACAAGGAUGAAAACGCCGAUGCUGAUGAGGGAGAAGCUGUUGUCACCGAGAAGGAGAGACGUGCGCUGCAGGAAGAAGUAAAGAAGACCCAUAGCAAGGGUACUGAGAAUCGUCCUCAGCCAACUGCUAGAGUAGUUGGUGUCGUAAAGCGUAAUUGGAGACAAUAUGUCGGUCAUGUGGACGAAUCAUCUGUUAGUCAGUCGGUAAAACAAGGUCGCAAGCAACAAACUGUUUUCCUCAUCCCCAUGGACAAGAGGAUACCGAAAAUUCGUGUUAGAACGCGACAAGCGGGUGAGAUAUUAGGAAAGCGGGUUUUAGUCACCAUCGACUCGUGGGAUAGAGAUUCGAGAUAUCCGGUUGGUCAUUUUGUUCGUUCUCUCGGCGAACUGGAAACAAAAGGUGCCGAGACAGAGGCUUUACUUUUAGAAUACGACGUACAAUAUAGACCAUUCCCGAAAACAGUCUUAGACUGUUUACCUGCUGAGGGUCAUGAUUGGAUUGUACCUCCAAGUAUGGAUGAUCCUGGAUGGAAAAACAGACGCGACCUUCGAGGUCUUAACAUUUGCAGUAUUGAUCCAAUAGGUUGUCAGGAUAUUGAUGACGCAUUGCAUGCGAGACCUUUGCCCAAUGGCAAUUACGAAGUGGGUGUGCAUAUUGCAGAUGUCUCACAUUUCGUCAAGCCAAACAAUGCAAUGGAUGCAGAAGCGAGUAUACGAGGGACCACCGUUUAUUUAGUGGAUAAGCGAAUUGACAUGUUACCGAUGUUACUUGGGACGGAUUUGUGUUCCCUUAAGCCAUAUGUCGAGAGAUAUGCAUUCUCUUGUUUGUGGGAAAUUACACCGGAUGCCGAGAUUGUUAAUUCAGAGUACACAAAAUCUGUCAUUAAAUCGCGAGAAGCAUUCAGUUACGAAGAUGCUCAAAAGCGUGUUGAUGAUGCGUCGGCUCAAGAUGAACUUACUACCAACAUUCGUACUCUUCUUAUGUUGUCUAAGAAAUUCAAGCAAAAGCGUAUGGAUGCUGGAGCUUUGAGUCUCUCGUCACCAGAAGUUAAAGUGGAGAUGGAAUCUGAGACUUCGGAUCCAAUAGAUAUCAAACAGAAAAAGCAUCUUGACACUAUGUCAUUGGUAGAGGAAUUCAUGCUUCUCGCCAACACUAGUGUAGCUGCGAAAAUUUAUUCUGCCUUCCCUCAAACAGCUAUGCUUCGUCGUCACGCCGCUCCUCCAAAGACAAACUUUGAAGAACUUGCCAAUCAACUCAAGGUCAAGCGUGGCCUUGAACUUAAGGUCGGCUCGUCAAGAGAACUUGCCGAUACCCUCGAUGGAUGCGUUGACCCCGUCGAACCUUUCUUCAAUACCCUCGUCCGUAUUAUGGCAACUCGUUGCAUGAUGUCUGCAGAAUAUUUCUGUUCAGGCACACAAGCAUACCCUGAGUUCCGCCAUUAUGGUCUUGCAUCUGAGAUCUAUACUCAUUUUACAUCUCCCAUUCGUCGUUAUGCAGAUCUUGUCGCUCAUCGUCAACUGGCUGCGGCAAUCGAUUAUGAGCCUCUUGCUGCUAGUGUCCGCAGCAAGGGAAAACUCGAAGGUGUUUGCAAGAACAUCAACGUUCGUCAUCGUAAUGCUCAACAAGCUGGUCGUGCUUCCAUCGAAUACUAUGUUGGACAAGCACUCAAGGGUCGUAUCGUCGAGGAAGAAGGUUUCAUUAUGAAGGUUUUCAGUAAUGGAUUUGUGGUCUUCGUACCGAGAUUUGGUAUCGAGUCACUUAUUCGUCUGAGAGAUUUGGCGGAACCAGAACCAGAGGGUGAUUUUGAUGCGGAGAAUUACGUUUUGCAAACGAAGGGAAGUAGAGAGGUUAGAAUAGAAUUGUUUGGGAAGGUGACGGUGAGGAUUAGUGAUGUUAAGGAGGAGAGUACGGGGAAGAGAAAGAUUAAGGCGGAGUUGGUGGAGGUGAUUGAGGGGAAGAAAUAAAUCUGAAUAGAUGGAGAGAUUUGGGGGGUCAUUGGAUGAAGGGGGGUAUGGAAAUGAAUUGAGAGGACUGGUAUACUAGGGUUAGAUACGUGUAUGAUUGAGUAGAGAUAUCAAUUUGAAGAAAUUUUUUACGCUGAGGAUUUGGAGAACUGUGUGUUGUUGAUGAUGGGAAUGGAAUCAUGGUAGCUGUGUCAUGUUCUCUGUUGCUAGGUAUCGAACUAUC